CGUUGGCUCAAAGAAUGUCGAUGUCGUCUCGAGAGAGAAGAUGCUCAAGCAACGAAAUGGCCUCUGUUUCAAGUACCAUCUUUCCAGCAUUUGGCACCCCCAUCUUUCAUGUAGAACCUUAUUCCAACCUAAGAAAAUACGUCAUUUCUCCCUAUGACCGUAGAUAUCAAUUGUGGCAAACGUUGGUAGUGGCUUUGGUAGUGUACUCUGCAUGGGCAUCUCCAUUCGAGCUAGCUUUCAGAAAACUGUUAGCUGGGUCAUUGUUGACCGUUGUCGAUCUCCUUGUUGAUGCCUUCUUUGCAGUUGACAUAAUCCUUACUUUCUUUGUGGCUUACUUCGAUACAUCAACUUAUCUCCUCGUCCAUGAUCAUAACAAGAUUGCUCUCAGGUACGUCAAAAAGUUGCACUUCACCAUGGAUCUAGCCUCCACUCUGCCAAUUGAGCAGAUAUAUCAAAUUCUGACGGGCAAGCCAAGCAGAAGCGAGUUAUUUGGUUUCCUAAUUAUGCUAAGACUCUGGAGAUUGAGGCGUGUUAGCGAACUCUUCGCAAGGCUAGAGAAAGACAUACGAAUCAAUUAUUCUGCGACAAGAUUUUGCAAACUUAUAUGUGUUACACUAUUUGCAGCACACUUCGCAGGCUGCAUGUUUUUUUGGUUGGCUGUCGAGCACAAGACACCGAAACACACGUGGUUAGGGAACAAAACACAGGACUUUCAUGAAUUGGGAGUCGGGUUGGGUUACACUUAUUCUGUGUACUGGUCUGUUUCAACCCUUACCAGCGUUGGAUAUGGAGAUUUUUAUGCAGUAAAUUUAACGGAGAUGCUUUUCUGCAUUUUUUACAUGCUCUUUAACAUCGGCCUCGGUGCAUAUAUUAUUGGAAACAUGACAACUCUGUUGGUUCAUAGCUCUGUCGGAACCUUUGCCGUAAGGGAUGUCUUCAACAAAAUAUUACAGUAUGCAAACAAAAAUAGACUCCCGGGACGACUAAAGGAGCAAAUAUUGGCACACAUGCAAUUGAAGUUUAAGACUGCAGAGUUGCAGCAAGAACUGUUAGAAGACCUGCCUAAAACUAUAAGAUCCUGUAUUGCUCACCACCUUUUCAGAAACAUAGUUGAAACAGCAUAUUUAUUCAAAGGAGUUUCUGAUUAUUUUAUCACCCAGCUGGUGUCAGAAACGAAGGCAGAAUACUACCCAUCUAAGGUUGACAUUAUCUUGCAAAAUGAGAUGCCAAAAUAUUUGUACAUCUUGGUAUCUGGGUCACUGGAUGUGUUGAAAUACAAUAAUGGGUCAGAACAGUUUUUAUUCGAACUUGAGUCUGGAGACAUGGCAGGAGAAAUAGGCGUGAUGUUUAAUAUUCCACAACCUUUUACAGUAAGAAGUAGAGGGCUCUCCCAGGUCAUACGAAUCAAUCAUCAUCACUUCAAGCAGAUGGUGCAACCAUUUAGUGACGAUGGGAAGGCUAUCAUGUACAACUUUAUUCGGCAUUUGAACGGCCUCAAAGGCAAGGUGCUAGAAGAAAUAUCUUAUGUAACGGAAUUGCUGGGUGACCUUGAGCACUGGUUUUUGCAGCAUCUGAAACAAAAUGAGGGCACACUCCAUGAAGUUUCAAGAUAUCAAGAUCCAUAUAAAGAAGGAAAAAUAGGAAAUUUCAAACCACUGAGAAGACCAGUCCCCGUUAGAGUUACAAUCCACGGACACCAUCCCAAUGAAAACAAAAUGGGAAAUGGAACAACGCCAAAGCUCAUACUUCUCCCAAAUUCGAUAGAAGAUAUUUUCAGAGCUGCAGAGAGAAAAUUCGGAAAAAGAGGAAGCAAAAUUCUCAUGGCUGACGGCACAGAAGUAGAAGAAUUAAACGCGAUAAGGGAGAAUGAUGAGUUGUAUAUUCUCUAAUGAUCAAACUAAAGAGAGAUUAACAAUGUGCUCUGCUCAUUUCGGUACGUUUCCGUUUCAGGUGGCGAUCUACUUAAUCAAACAAGAUAUAUGGGAAUAAAAUGUAUAAAAAUGAAAAAUGUAGAA